AUGAACAGUGAAAGGAAGCUGUUAAAGGAAGCUAAAGAAGGUUGUGUUGCAAAAGGAUCAGGUGUAUGCAUAGGAGACUCAAUGGCCAAUGGCGACAUGAACCAUAGAAGGAGUUCGCGCCAGAUUCAAGGGAGAAAGCACAGCAAGUUGUGUCACAGAGGGCCUGAUUGGAGUGGCAUACACUGUUAUCAAGAUUGUUACCUAGCUCACCACCGUUUGCCUAUUGUAGAUCCUGCUUCUGGAGACCAACUGCUCUAUAAUGAAGAUAAAACAAUUGUUGUUACGGUUAAUAUGGAGAUCUAUAACCACAGUGAGUUGAGAGCCAAGCUCAAGAAUCACCAAUUCAGGUCUAGCAGUGAUUGUGAAGUCAUUGCUCAUCUUUAUGAAGAGUAUGGAGAAGAUUGUGUGGAUAUGUUGGAUGGCAUGUUCUCUUUUGUGCUUCUUGAUACUCGUGAUAAAAGUUUCAUUGCAGCUCAUGAUGCCAUAGGAAUUAUUCCUUUGUAUGUCGGAUGGGGUCUUGAUGGUUCUACUUGGUUUGCUUCAGAGAAGAAAGACUUAAGUGAUGAUUGUGAACGAUUUAUGUCCUUUCUCCCUGGACAUAUAUACUCCAGUAAGAAUGGUGAGUUCCUUAAACUUUCAUAG